AAUUCGAUCGCCCUGCUUCUGUCUCUGAUUGACCUGAGUGCAAUUGCGUGUCAAGUGACUCUGUCGAAAAAAGUAACUUUAAUUUUUCGUUGAGGAACGUUACUUUUCAUUUUACAUGUCUCCGUUUCUUCGAAUGAAAAAGAAGCAGAAGCUUAAGGAAUGGACAACAACAAAAGGAAAUAUCGUGCCAUUUUCUUAUACCCUGGCCUACCCACUGUUACGACACCAGAAUCAUUUUUGUGUUUCAUGGAAAAUAAUUGAGAAAGGCUCUAAGAAAGCAAAAUUAUCGCAAAGAUACAAGAUCUCGUCUAUCGCAAUCAGAAUAGCGAAGAUUAAGAUAGGAAGAUACAUUCUUGGAACACCACAUUUUGAGAGUAUGUUAUUCUGCCAAGGAUUCAACAUAUAUUUUAAGGGAGAAGUUCAUCAAAUUACCGGCAGCAUCAAAGCCCGCGGCGUGGUUUACUCUUUGCUACAGCUAACGAGCGAGCAGAAACAAAAGGGCGUCAUAGCAAUCUCAACAGGCAGCUUCUCAGGCCGCUUAUUCUCUCUGUUAUUUUGGAAAGAAGCUUAA